CAACGAUAACAGAACGAACGACCACAAUUAAUACUACAAUAGUGAACAAGAAUUAAAAUAUUCGUGCUAGUGAUACCUACACAAUUUACAAUUAUUAUUUUAUAGAUUUAUUUAAAUUAAAUCAGCUAUUUUCCUUCGAAUUAUGUCGGACGAACAGGACUCGAUCGAAAUUGAAAAUCCUAGUAAAAGUGCCACUAUUCUCUGUGUUCAGUACCUUAUAUCACAGCACAUGAAAACUAAAGGUGUCAUUAAAAAAGACGAUCUGAUGAAAACUGUAUUCAAGGGUCGCAAUCUUGGAAAAAAUUAUGAAAAAGUUAUGGAAGAAGUGAAUAACACACUAAAAAAUACUUUUGGAUUUUCAAUAUCAUACAUUAAAAAUGAUCACAAACAUUUCUUAAUUGUGAAUAAUGUAGAUGAAAUUGAGACUAAAGAAUUAACUUCUUCUGAAGAAUCAAAAUAUCAAGUUUUAUUGAAACCAAUACUCGGGGCUUUAGUUAUGCUUCGUGCACCAAUCAGUGAAGGUCAAAUGUGGAAUAUACUAGAGAAAUUUGCAUUGAAAUUAAAUUUAGACAUGGACUUAACUAAACAAAUUGUUAAAGAGAAAUUUGUAAAAGAUCAAUAUCUUCAAUACAAAAUUACUGAUGAUACAACCAUAUCGCUUGAUCCAGAAAAAACCAGUUAUUGGUUUACUUUAGGACCUAGAGCAUUUGAAGAAUGUGAUCAACUAACAUUAUUAAAUCGAGUUGGUGAGUUGUACAAUAAGCCUGCCUCUUCAUUCAAGCGUGUAUAUGCGGCCUUAAUUGAGAAAUAAUUUUUAUUUUUAAGACAUUUAAUCAUUAUUACAUUGUCCCAAGAAUAUACAAUGUACUCAACCUAUUAAGAAUAUACAAAAAAUGUAUUUAAAGUUUGCUUAAUAUAAAUAUGACUACUAUAGUAGCUAUUAAUAUAGGUACUUUAAUUUGUAAUUAGUAUUUUCAAUUUGUGUACAUUUAUAACUUUUAUACUUAAAUUAUAUUUCUGACUG